GCCCCCCCGCGGCCGACGGCGGGAAGCGGUUUUGGGGCGAAACCCGCCGGGAACGGGAAACUCGGCGCUCGUGACGUCACUGCGCCACGGAACGCCGUCCCGGGCCUCGCCCCGGAGGGGAGAGGGACGUCGGAGAGCGGAACAGGAUGGGCAUGGGGGACUCCAACCCGGCAGCAGUGCCACAUGCUGCUGAGGACAUCCAGGGGGACGACAGGUGGAUGUCACAGCACAAUCGGUUUGUCCUGGACUGCAAAGACAAGGAGCCCGACGUGCUCUUCGUGGGGGACUCCAUGGUGCAGUUGCUACAGCAGUACGAGAUAUGGCGAGAGCUCUUCUCACCACUCCAUGCACUGAAUUUUGGGAUUGGUGGAGACACCACAGGACAUGUUCUAUGGAGACUGAAGAACGGUGAACUGGAGAACAUUAAACCCAAGGUCAUUGUUGUUUGGGUUGGAACAAAUAAUCACGAAAACACAGCAGAAGAAGUAGCAGGGGGGAUCGAGGCCAUCGUGCGCCUGAUAAACGCCCAGCAGCCACAGGCCAAAGUCAUUGUACUGGGCCUGCUACCUCGUGGAGAGAAGCCAAACCCGCUGCGGCAGAAGAACGCCAAGGUGAACAACCUGCUCAAAGCCUCGCUCCCCAAACUGCCCAACGUCCAGCUGCUGGACGUGGACGUGGGCUUCGUGCACUCGGAUGGCACCAUCUCCUACCACGACAUGUUCGAUUUCCUGCACCUGACGGGCGGGGGGUACGCCAAGGUCUGCAAGCCCCUCCACGAACUGAUCAUGCAGCUGCUGGAGGAGACCCCCGAGGAGAAACGAGCUGCCCUGGCCUGAGCCGCCCGUGUCAGCGCCGAGAGCAUCAUCCAGCCCAUCAGAUCAGUUCUGUCACUGGCACUACAGAAUCCUUCUUUCUUAAAGCACUUUCCAUUAUAGAAUGUUACCGGAUGUCCGUACCUAGUGUUUUGAGGGGGAAGGCUCAUGUUUAACUGGUCUUGUACGUACGAGGGCCGGCUUGGUUGGUUUUAUUGCAGGAGGAAAUUAGCUGAAGAAGAGUUUUACUUUUAAACCAUUCCUCAUUUAAAACGAGAACAGGACUGUCACUCUGUGCCCCUCUCAUGUCUUGUUGCUCUGUGGUUGUCCUAGAACCCCUUGUAGCCUGUCCGACACUGCUCCUGGCUCACCAUUCCUGGCUGCAGCCAUCGUGCUCUGUGUAUUUGCCUGGGAACAAGAAUCACAUUCCACUUGCAAAAGCCAGAACAGAUGCAUUUUUCCAAACUCGGUCCCACCUUUUAGAGGUUUGGGGUUUUUUGGGGGGUUUGUGGUUUUUUUUGUUUGUUUGUUUGUUUAUUGUUUGUUUUUUUUUUACUGGGGGGUUUAAAUGAAACGUGUUGCUUUCUCACUCCUUUCUGAAGCAGCAUGAAACUGGAAUUCAGAAAUUUAAAGAAGCAAACGGUUACCUGAGCUCGUGCAACGCUCCCAGGUGCUUGUCUCGUGCUUGUCUGCCCAUGCCUGCUAGCCAGGGCACCUUCCCUCCCACGCAGCUCUCCCGGGGGCACCUUCCUUGCCUCCCACGCAGCUGUCCCGGGAGCAUUCCCAUUCGGGUGCUGCUGCUCUCCCCUGCUCCUGCUGCCCGUGGUGUCGCUGGCUUUUAGCAGUUGCUCAGUGUAGGAUUUUAAUGAUCCAUUAAUCUGGCAGUCACUUCCUUGCUCCCUGGAACUGACAGACAUGCCUCUGAGGUCCCUGCACCACAGGGCUCUUUGCAGUGCUGUUCCUUGUUCCUUUUUUCUUCUGUUUUUUAUCAAGUAUGAGUGAGCGUUACAUCCUUUUUUUUUCUAAAGCAAACCCACAUGAACAGCCCCUGGCUGCAAGGCCCAAAUCACUCUGAAGCUUUACAGAUCCCAAGGUGUAUAUUUCUUUGUUGCUACUGGUUUACUUGUAUAAACAUUUUAUUUGAGCAACUACAGCCUCUUACAGUAUAAAGUGAAGUUAAGGCAUAGCUUUUCCUGCCCUGGACACUGCUCCUAACCUCUAGCAAGUGAGCUGGAGGGGCAGGUGCCCUCCUAAGGGGCUGUGGCUCAGUGGGAUUUCAGUUUGGUUUGCAGUUAGGAGGGCUGGUUUUAGUGAGACAGCCUUUCAUUUAAAACUGAGAGGUUCUCUUUCAGAAAGAAACAGUUUGGACCCAAGAAGCAGGGCCCUGGAUGGGUUGAUGACUUGAAAAUUGAUAACUAUUUUAAACCGAGUCUCUUCCUCCCUGGCUUACCUGCCGGAGCUGGAGCUCAGUGGUGCCACACUGGCCUCGCUGGGUUUGUGCUUCCCGUGGGACCCACGUGCAGGUAAAUCUGGGAGGAACAGAGAGCUUCACUCCGUGUGCCGAGGGACGUGCUCAGGUGUCAGGUCCUUGCUGAAGCCCAUAGGUACUGUACAUAGUCUGUCUGCCCUUUGCUGUAGCCAAGGGGCUGGUGUGUAACUCUGACCUAGCAUUGAGGAAUCCCGUAACGCCCCACCUCAUCCCCCUCCUCCUGUAGAUUUGAUCAUAGCAGGAUUCCUGCCUGGAUUGCAUGCAUAGUGUGUGUUUUGUUUCCAGUAUAUGUGAUCUACACACAGAUGAAGGAAAGGUGAAGUGUUCCCCUUGCCAGGAUCAGAUGCAGGGAGUUGCGGAGUGCCAUGGGAGAGGAGGGAUCGUGAUCCAGAUCAGGAAUGCUGCUCCCUGAGGCUGGCUUUGCACUCCUGGCCUUGCAGGGCAGGCUGUGAGGGAACGCUGCUCACGCUUCCCAUAAGGUGCUGGCUGGAGAAACUGGGGAAGGGCAAGUGUAAAAUCAAAUGCUAAAAGUAGGCUGCAGUGGAGAGUUCUUGGGAAAGGGCUUAUCCCACCCCCAGCCCCCUCAGGGAGCCAGGAUAAACCCCAUUCUACUCCCUGAGAGCUUUCCAUCUCUCCAGGCUUGUGAGAAAAGGCAAGUGUGUGCUAGUUAAUCUGUGCAUCCCUGCUUUCCUUCCCGCUGCUGCUGCUGCUGCAUUUGGCUGAAGAGAUGCUAACCAGGAAUGUACUCCAGUAAAGCUCCGACUUCUCCGCUCGGCACCCUCUGCCCGCUGUGAGUCAGCCCCUCUGGCAGGGUGCCGAGUGGACCGGGAGGUUUGGCAGCAUCCGGAGGCCCUGGAGUGUCACCAGGGAGGCUCUGCUGGCUCUGCUUUGGCUUGGCUUGCUGAGGUGCCACGCUCUGUGCUGGUUCAGUGCUCACGGCUCGGCUCCAUCCCUGGUGCUGGAGAGGGAGGAUGGCGUCUUCUCCACUCAAACUUGGCUCUGCCUGGCAGGAAACUGCCCUGCUCACUUGAGAGGUGUUGUGAGCAAGAGGGUUCUGCCUCCUCGCUCACCUAGUGCUGAAAACCGAGUGCCUCGUGUGGGAAAGCUUCAAUUUCAGCUCUGGAUGUCCCUCGGGACAGGCCUGGGCUGGAUCUAAGGGCUCCUCUAAGUGAGCAUUCCCAGUUUGGUGUUUAUUGCAGCAGAGAGGAAAACAAACUAACAGAAGGUGUGAAAUGUCAGUCUUGUGAGGUGCGGGGCGGGAGGACGAGGCAGGACGGGAGCCGUGAGGAGGAAGGCCUGUCCCUCCCCUCGCUGCCCGCCCGCCGCCCUGAGCCUUCCCCGGGACACAACCAUUGUGAUUCUGCUUUGGCAAAAAUGCAUCGGCUGGUAGAACUCACUGUUAGUGCAUAUUUCGAUAUAAAUGUCAAUGUUUCACCCACCGUGUCGCCGCCUGUGUGUGUGUGUGUGUGUGUACGUGCUGAGGCAUCUCCUGCCUCUGUCUCGGUCACUCCUGGUUGGUCUCCGCGGGGCUGAGGAAGUGCUGCCAAACCUCCCUGGCUCUGGGAGUUGUGCUCAGCCAGAUCCUCGCUCCUGAUUUAGUUCCUGCUUUUCCCCACUCCGUUUGGGGCUUUUUCUUGUCUGUUUUUCCUCCUUUCUCCGUGCAGAGCUGAGGUCCUGCUCCAAACCUGUGAGUGCGGUGCUGCAGGUAAAGGGAACCGGUAUUUCGGCCCUCCACAGGACAUAGGCUUGUGCUCAGCUGCCGAGUGGUUUAUCUCUAAUAGCCCUGGAGUGAACAGGGAAGGCACAUCCCCACGCAAUCCCCCUCACGGCCAUCCCGUGGAGGCGACUCGAGUUCGAUCCGAGUCGGUUGGAGUUCUGCUUCUAGUCCCGCAUGGGCGUCCAUCUGUCCCUGAGGUCAUUCCAUCUGCCACCAGCGUCACCACCUGUACCUGGAAACGACAUGCAGACUGUCCAAACCAGGGGAUCCUCAGGGAGAGGAGGCCCAGAGAAAUAAAGUGCACAAUAGCAGCA